AUCCCACAAAUUCUCAGAAACCCUAAUUUUCUCUCUCAUCAAAUCUCAGUAACAAAAAAUGGCAAAGGGAGGAAAGAAGCCGGCGGAGAAGAAGCCAGUGGAGGAGGAGAAAGCAGCGGUGGCGGAAAAGGCCCCAGCGGCGGAGAAGAAGCCAAAGGCCGGGAAGAAGCUCCCGAAGGAGGCCGGCGCAACCCCCGUCGCCGGAGACAAGAAGAAGAAGAGAUCGAAGAAGAACGUUGAAACGUACAAGAUCUACAUCUUCAAAGUUCUGAAGCAGGUCCACCCAGACAUCGGAAUCUCAAGCAAAGCCAUGGGAAUCAUGAACAGCUUCAUCAACGACAUCUUCGAGAAAUUGGCUCAGGAAUCUUCCAGAUUGGCCAGGUACAACAAGAAGCCCACGAUCACUUCUCGGGAAAUUCAGACGGCGGUGAGAUUGGUGCUGCCCGGAGAACUUGCGAAGCACGCCGUGUCGGAGGGGACUAAGGCCGUCACUAAAUUCACUAGCUCUUAGGGUUUAGAAUUUGGGGGUUUUGAUUUUUCGUUAAUCGGAUGAAUUUGUUGGCUUUUGUUAUGGAUUUUUACCUAAUGUAGUAAUUGGCCUUUUAUAAAAGUUUAAUGAAUCUGUGUUUAGUUUUGGAUCUCAA